CUCUCGGCCGCCCGCCCCUCGCCUCGUCCAAGAUGGAGGGCGCUCGGCCGGCGCCGCUGGCCCUCCGGCUGUUCCUGCUCGCCGCGCUGCCGGCCGCCGGCUGGUGGGCGACGGGCGCCCCGGAGUCGCCGCAGCCGCCAUCCCGAGCCCCUCAGGACAGUAUCAGAGUUAACGUAACUACCUUGAAAGAUGAUGGCGAGGUAUCUAAUGCACAGGUUGUUCUUAACAUAACCUAUGAGGCUGGACAGGUAUAUGUAAAUGACUUACCUGUAAAUAGUGGUGUAACCCGAAUAAGCUGUCAGACUUUGAUAGUGAAAAAUGAAAGUCUGGGAAAUUUGGAGGAGAAAGAGUAUUUUGGAAUGGUCGGUGUGAGGGUUUUAGUCCAUGAGUGGCCAAAGGCAUCUGGCUCCAGUUUGCAACUACUCAUCGUCCAAGAAGAGGUGGUGGAGCUUGAUGGAAGGCAGGCUCAGCAGAAGGAAGUGACCGAAGUUGACAUCUUAGUGAGGAACCAGAGGAUGCUGAGACAGGCCCGCUCCAGCCUCCGCUUGGAGGAGAGCAUGCUGCAUGCUCUGUCUCGGGACAGCGACACGCUGUUCACCCUCCCCGGCCUCUCCAGGAAGGGAGAAGGUGUUAAUCCGCUGCAGACCACCAGCCAGUACCUCACCGGGAACGUGGAGACCACCGUCGAAGGAGAGGCCCUGCCUGGCAAACUACCUGAAACGCCCCUCCGGGCGGAGCCUCCAUCUUCCUAUAAGGUGAUGUGUCAAUGGAUGGAAGACUUCCGGAGAGCGCUGUGCAGUUUCUGGAGCAGCGUGCUCCCACUGUUCUUUAUGCUUCUCAACGUCAUGCUGGUUGGAGUUAUCGGAGCGGCCGUGGUGAUAACCAUUCUAAAGGUGCUUUGCCCCGUGUUUGAUGACAAAGGAAUUCUUCAGUUGGAUCAAGUGGAUAUUAUACCUGUGACAGUUGUCAGCUUGUAUCCAGAUGGACCUGAGAAAAAAGCAGAAAACCUUGAAGACAAAGCAUGUCCUGAAGCCAUCAUUGCAGAUCAUGGACUCUGAAUUAGUCUGUUGAUUCAAAAAUUCCCACUUGGAUAUAAUUUUCAUUAAAAAUUAAGAAUCAGUUUAUACAUAGAGAACUUGCUAAACUCCUGCCCUCCUUAAUGGUGCCAAGCUAAAAUGUCACCCGAUUUUAUGAAAGCAUAGUUAUUUAGCCGCAUUGUUGAGAGAAUCUGAACAAAGUGGAAGAGAACACACAUGAGGACACUUUGAGAUGACCAAGGAGAAAAAGCCGAGACAGAAUGCCAGCGUGCCAGUGGUGUGCCACGUGCCUUUGCUCAGAAGACGGCCUCCACUUGUUUAGUGUAAUAUAUGACUUUAUGAAAAAGCACUUUACCAAAUUCUAAUUUAAAAGCUCAAAAACGUAACCUUUUUUUAUUCAAUAUGAUGUGCCUUUGUAUUCAUUGCACUCUAAAAAUCAUCAAACUAUAUCAUGCCAUGGUUGUAUCCUGUACCCAGAAUACUUACCUCUGCAGCACCAGGAUUUGAAAGAAAUGACACGUUCUCACUCUAUAAAAUAAACUUUUUUGGGGUGGGG